AGAAAAAGCAAAAUGCCUUGGGCGCCAAGCAUCUUCCUGCCGUGCAAAGUAAGAACAAAGAAAGAGCUUAUAAAUAUCAGAUCUCAACCAUCGAAAGAGAGAGAGAAAGAGAGAUCAGAGAAAGAAAGAGGGGAUCUGAAAUAGAAGAAAUAGAAGAAGAUGGGCGGAGGUACAGAAGCUUUUCCCGAUCUCGGCGAGCACUGCCAAUACGACGACUGCAACCAACUCGAUUUUCUCCCUUUCACCUGCACCGGCUGCCGCAAGGUGUUCUGUCUGAAGCACAAAACUUAUAGAUCUCACGCCUGCUCAAAAGCUGAUCACAAUAGUAGAACUGUCGCCGUCUGUGAAUUAUGUUCGGCCUCCAUAGAAAAGCAGGCUGAUGAGGAAGACGAAGACACUCUCUCACCACAGAAAACCGGAACUUGCGACCCAUCAAAAAAGAUCAAGCCUCGUUGCCCUGUGCUGAGGUGCAAGGAGAUCCUCACAUUUUCCAAUAGCAGCACAUGCAAGAUUUGUAAUCUGAAGGUCUGUCUCAGGCAUCGCUUCCCGUCUGAUCAUUUAUGUAGGGUUGCAGAUUUGAACAUAAAGUUUUCUCAUUCCAUCAAAGUAUUCUGAGAAUUCUUGGACAAUUAUUUGAAUCUUUCCUUGUGUCCAUGAACUUUCCUGUUGACUAUUCCUAGAAAAC